GCGUUGUCAAGACCUGCUCUUGGACCCCGUCGAACAUGUCUAACAUCUGCAUCCUCAGCCCCGUUGACCCGUCGUCGCUUCCUGACCACGAGCAGGAGAAAUCAGCGCCAUGGAUUGUUCGCAAACUCGUGGGGUCGAUGACCGGGCGAAUUGUGAUGUCGUCCUAUGAAACUUUACGAGCUGCGGGAACCAAUGUCAUUUGUCUCUCUCCGUGGGGUGACUCCUCUCCCCUGACGCUGCCAUGCAUCCGAUUCCGAGAUCUCGCGGUGCACGGCGUCGUGAUGGCCACGGGCGGUGUCGCAGCAAUCGCCGCGCCAGUGAUGGGCCCCGUGUCCGAGGCCGUCUUCUCAUCUGUCGGUGAUUCCAUCAUUGUCGACGCGGCCGUGCACACAGGGGGUGAGCUUACCGCCAAAGCGGCCGACGACCUCCUGCUCGACGGUGCGAUCAAGAAGGUCGUGCCGCUGCACUCGGCGCGGCUCGAGACGACGGGCGUCAAGACGCUUACCAUCACGCUCAGGUACAAGCACACCAUCACGGACGCGUCACUUGGAUUCUAUCGGAGCAGUCUGCACCAGGACAACUCCUUGUUCACCACGGUGACAGAGUACUUCUCGACCAGCAAGGGCUGGUUCUCUCCUUAUCUCUUCGCGAGCGGACGGAGGCCCGUGAUACCACGCUCUGUGAGGCCUGAUGUUGUCUUUUUCCACGGUCCUUUCUUGUCAGGCGAUUAUAACCUCGGUUCCACGCUUCUCAAGGAAAGUUCCUCCACCAUCACCUUGUGCGAAGAGGUCCCGCAGCCCGAGCCUUCCUCGCCUCCCCCCAGCACGUCUUCGUCGCACUCGCACAAGUUCCUCUCCCUCCACGACCUUCCGAAGCUGAGCCACUUCCCGCGCUCCCGGACGCCGUCGCCUGAGCCGGCCCUGGCCCCGAUCGCCCCGCCACCCGUGCCCCGCCGGCUGGCUAUCUUCGUCCUCGGGCUGAAGCCGCACCGCAAGCUGUGGACGACGAGCGCGCGGCCGAGCGAGAGCGUGAUCCAAUACCAGCUCCUCAACGGCUGUCCCGCGAUCGUCCUGCCCGCGAAGCUGGGGACGCCCCUAAUCGCGUGGAACACGCUCGCGCUCGACGAUCUGUGGAAGAUCGUAUUGCCCGCGGCUGACGAGCUCUCCCGCGACAGCACGGGUAAGAGCACGGCGUUCGAGGGCACGGUCAAUGUGCUGUACGAGUACGUGGACCUGUGCGUCGAGUGGAAGCGCGUCGUUCUGCCCGAGGGCGCUGCAGACAAGUCGGAAGAGGCGAAGAAGAGCGCGGUGCGGGAUGCGCUCGCGCUCGUUGUGGCGGCCGCGAUUCGGACCGGAUCGAGCAAGGAAGUGAAGAAGGAGGUGGACGAGGAGAGGUGCGGAAUUGUGUUUUGGAGGAUACCGUAGAUCUAUGUUGGGUGCGGGCGGAGGCAUUUCAUUCCAUCUGUGAAUUUACCUCCAAUACUAUUGAAGCGGGACCGGUCGGUCCCUUCUGAAUCGAAGCCCGACUGUGGACGUCGCCCGCCCC